AUGUCGGAUCGCUACGGUCGCCGUCGACGCCCAACCGGUUUUAGCUCGAGCGGUCGCCGCACAGCACUCGGGUACUGGAUCCCCCUUGCAGUGACAGUGUCGGUCGCGGCGGUCGGACUGGUGGCAUGGGCAUGGAGCGAGCGCAACGAGGAUGAUGAAGACGAAUACAAUGGUUCUCCGGAGCGUCGUACCCCGAUCGGACUAGACCCAGGUGCUGAAGAUUCGGGCUAUGCAAGGGGUACGGCCACUGGCGCCGAACAUCGCCCGCUAGAAGAAGACAACAGCGUGCUGUCUCGCCUGCAAGGCGCCUGGCGCCGGUCGCCGAGCCCCCAGCAAUUACUCGAUGGUGCUAGCAAAAAAGUGGCUGCUGGGGUUGCGGCUGCAGGAGCUGCCGUUGGAGGGGCGCUGAGCGCAAUCCGCGAAGAGGGAUCCGGUGACUUUGAAGACCAUUCAAGAUGGGCUGAAGAAACCGUACCGCCUGGCACGAGCGAACCACCAGCUCGCUCUGUGACUGGAGGGAUUCCUCCUGUGACUCCAGCCGCAACGGAGCCAAUGGCCAAACGGAAAAAGACCGUUGCGAUUGUCGUAUCCUCAGUCUCUAGUGGCGAACCUGACGAUGACAGUGUAUCUGGACAUGCUUCCAUUCUCGCCCAUCUGCCCGAGUAUAUCGAGCCGGACACUGCGCGUGUUUUUGUUCUUAUUUAUGCGCCUGGGAUGGAACCUCGAACCGCCGCGGACGGAAACUCCUCUCGUCCUACCUUGUCAAUGGCCUCAUCCUACUCCAAUAUCAGCCCCGAAGAAGUCAUAGCUGCAGAUUCCAAGGAAGAUUUGAAGGAUAUCGAGCCCAAGCCGACCACAGACGAGUUUCCUUUGGCAUCCCCGUUCUUCAAGACCCUUUAUAAUCAAGCCCAGGUGCUCGUGGAUAAAGAGUCAAUGAUUAUGCCCUUCAGCACGCCCACGGGUCAUGUUCACAUUAUUAGACACCUUUCGCCAGAUCUCGUCUACAUUCAGGAGAGCCUUACUGGAGACAAAGGCGAGACUGUCCAUAAUUUGACAGGCUGGGUCCGACAAGUUGUCGUAGUUGUUGGCGACGAAGGGGGCCGCGGAGGGCUAGUAGAUAGCGACGACGAGUCUAGCCUAGCAACCAAAGGGGAAAAAUGGUGGCAAAAGGAGGGGGUGAUAGGACUGGGGAAACGGAUUGACGUUGUGGAUGGAUUACGCGCUGGAGAUCACUGGAAACGACGAGUUUGCGGCCAUGAAUGA